UGUGUGUGUGUGUGUGUGUGUGUGUGUGUGUGUGUGUUUGUCCCAGGAUAGAAAUCUUUCCUGAAAUCCUGAUAAGAUCUUUCUACGUCAAUACUAAAGUCUGUAUUAUUGAACUCCUUUGCCCCGAAGCUCUGGAAGCGAUUUUGUUGUUCCAGAAUUCUUGUUCUUGUUUGUAUUCCUCUGGUGAAGACGUGAUGAUUAAACCUGGAGCAGGGAAGGAAAAUAUAAUCACACCUAAUGACAGACAUGGAACGCGUCCAAUCUUCGAAAAGAAAACAAAACCGGGAGCGAUGAUUUAUGGAGCAGCGUUCGGUGGUUCUGUCUGAAACGGGGUUGACGUCUUGAGCAGCUCGAUGAACGAGGUCCGAUUUUAUAUCAGCACAGACGAGUUGGUGUGUGACCGUACAAGGAUAAUGUAGCUAAUAAUUAAAGGGAAUAUAUGGCCUCCAGUUCAGCAUGGUGUCCACAGCGGUGUCUCCUCACUCAGCUGGUGGAGGGGUCCGGUCUCUCUGACGCUGAGAUAAGCGAGAACCCUCAUCUGUUCGUGGAAGGCAUCAGUUCUCAUGACCUGAAUCAGGGUGAAGUGGGAAACUGCUGGUUCGUCGCAGCUUGUUCCUGUUUGGCUCUUAAACCAGAUCUGUGGCAGAAGGUGAUUCCUAACUGGAAGGAACAGGAAUGGGAUCCCAAACAUCCAGACCGCUACGCGGGAAUCUUCCACUUCCAGUUCUGGAUUUUUGGGGAGUGGACAGACGUGGUUGUGGAUGACCGUUUGCCCACCAUCAAUGGGAAACUGAUUUACUGCCACUCCAAAUCCAGUAAUGAGUUCUGGAGCGCUCUGCUAGAGAAGGCGUAUGCCAAAUUGUCGGGCUGCUAUGAAUCGCUCAGUGGAGGGAACACAGGAGAUGCUGUGGUAGAUUUCAGUGGUGCUGUAAACGAACCUCUUAGUCUGGAAAAAGGCAACUACCGCACUGACCCCAAAGCCAAGGACAAACUGUUCUCAGACCUGCUCGAGGUCUAUGAACAGGGAGGCAUCAUCAGCUGCUCUAUAGCGGCAUCUCCUCAUGAGCGGGAGCUGCGUUUGGCAAAUGGUCUAGUCAAAGGUCAUGCAUACUCCGUAACAGCAGUGAAGAAGGUGCGGCUGGGACAUGGCCUGCUGGCCUUCUUCAAGAAUGAAACCAUCCCUCUCAUCCGCAUGAGGAACCCGUGGGGUAAACAUGAAUGGAUUGGAGCCUGGAGUGACAGCUCAGAAGAAUGGCAGAAGAUUGGAAAUAUGGAGAGGAAUAAUCUGGGCAUCACUGUGGAGGAUGAUGGAGAAUUCUGGAUGUCUUUUGAUGACUGGUGUCAGAACUUCACAGAAGCAGAUGUGUGUCGGUUGAUAAACACGAGUCUUCUGAGUGUCCAGAAGUCAUGGAAUGAGGUGGUGCAUUUUGGGAAUUGGAUAAAACACUCAGAUCCUCUAAAGAACCGGUGUGGUGGCUGCAUGAACCAUAAGCAGACAUUCCUACAGAACCCACAGUUUGUGUUGGAUAUCUCUCAAGAGCAGGAAGAGCUGCUGGUCUCACUGCAGCAGAGAGAUAUGAAGAUCCACAGAGCUCGUGGCGCUGGUGAAAACCUCACCAUUGGAUUCGCCAUCAUUAAGGUGGAGCUGAACAGGAAGUACCGCAUGCAUGACAUCAUCACCCAGCAGAACGUCGCCGCAUCCACAUACAUCAACGCGCGCUCCGUGUUCACGAGGAACGUUUUGCCUAAAGGUCGUUACGUCAUCGUCCCGUCCACCUUCAAACCCGACACCCUGGGGGAGUUCAUGCUCCGAGUUUACACGCUUCAAGACGCUGGGUGCAAGGAGCUGGAUCUGGAUAAACCCAGUGUGAGCUGCUGGAGUUCUUUUCGGGGUUACCCUCAGCUGGUUACUCAGAUUUACAUUCACGGAGCAAAAGGACUCACAAAUCAGGACAGAAGUGGAGGUGCGGAUCCCUACGUCAUCAUUUCCUGCGAGAACAAAUCGAUCCAGUCCCUAGUUCAGAAAGACACGAGAGACCCGCUGUUCGACACCAGAGCCAUUUUUUACAGGAAGAAACCACGGAAACCAAUAACCAUCCAGGUCUGGAACAGCAAUGCUGUAAAGGAUGAGUUUAUGGGUCAGGUGGUUCUCCCAGCGUCUCUGAAAGAUUCUGCAGACCCACAGACGCUGAAGCUGAAGCGAGGAACAUCUCCAACGUCCGAGGAGAUGCCGGGAACCAUCAGCCUCCGAGUCGUGACGUCCAGAGAGCUCACGGCCAUGUAGCGCUAAUUCAAUAACACACUCGGACACACAGCGUAGCGACUACACACCGCUAUAACAAACACAUUCCAGGAUUUUAAUCACUUUUUGGUUCACUACCCGGUCUCCUGCACGCCGUAUUCACUAUACAGAUCACCUCCACACACCGCAGUGCAUUAUGGGUAAUCUGAAUAGGGCGUGGUUUCGGAUAUAUUAAUAUCAUGGCGAUGUAAUGCACAAUGUGAAGUUCAAGGCUUUUACGCUCGACACCAAGCAGAACACUCCUGCACGCCUGUCUCUGUUGAAACGAUUACAAUCUAAAGCUUUCUUCUUCUUCUUUUUGGACAAUCUGGAAAUGAAGCGUUUGUUUCUUUUCGCCUGUGAUUCAAACAUUAACACAUAAAUACAUGAACACAAAUCCUGACGGAAACAGAGCUCCGCCUUUGAUGAAUGAAGUCCCGCCUACAGCACUGCAGUAUUAAUGAAAGCUGAUCGCAUUACAGUACACAUGAUUCUUACAUGCAGCAGAAACCAUAAAUAAACCUUCCUUUCGUUUGUUUUCAGAAUGACUCGUGCAAUACUCUGGAAUACAAUACUGCAAAGUAACUGGUAAUUAGUGAAACAAAAAGAAAGCAUGGUUAAUUGCUUAUUUUUUAAAAAAGAGAUUAGAUUCACUAGACGAAGCCGUAGUUGAUCAUUGAUUUUUUUUAAUAAAUAGUUUUUGGGUUUGUUUCACCGAUUACUCUGAUUUCAGUUGCGUGUCGUCUCCGCAUAUUCUUACUAUUAAAAGAUUUAAAACAAGA